UCCCAUAAUUCAACGGGAUGAUCCAAACACCCAUGCUUCUGUUUUUGUUAUUGUUGUUAAAGGCUCCUGUCGAAUUAAGAUUUUGAUCAAAUUACAGUUGGCUUUUUGGCUCAUUUAUUCCCACCCAAUCUCUGAUCGUUUGAAAGAAAUUUGCUUUCUUCAACUAAUCUUAACCAGGUGGACCGUCUGUGCCACAGGUGCUGGUGGCUGGUUCAGCCAUGGAGGUGUGGAAGGUGAAGUUUCUGAACGUGGGCAGUAGCUAUUUCCCUCAGAGCAGAGUGGAAUGUCACUACAGCAUCAAUUCUGAGCACAGCUGGUCCAGCAAUGACUGGAUCGGCCUGUUUAAGGUGGGCUGGUCAUCGGUCAGGGACUAUCAUACGUUUGUGUGGUCUCUGGCGCCGUCCAACUACAAGGAAGGGACCAGUGUGAACUUCUGCGUCCACUUUCAAGCCUGCUACCUGCCGCGGCCGAGUGCUGAGCGCUACCAGUUCGUGUAUGUGGACGGUAAGGGCGAGGUGUGUGCCUGUAGUGCUGCCUUCAGCUUCUGCGCGCCGCAGCCCCUUGAGGAGCUCGUGACGGUGGAGCCCGGCGAGCCGGGCACCGAGGAGGCGGAUGGCAUGCUGCUAGUCGUGCCCCGAGCCGAGCUACUGCAGAGUCGGCUGCAGGAGUGUCUGAAGGAGCGGACGGCGCUGCUCCAGGCUCUGGAAGCUUCCGAGACCGGGCGGGAGCAAGAGAGGGAGGGCACUGCCGUGGCCCAGAAGGCGUGGGAGGGGAGGCGGGGCCAGCUGGAGUGGGAGGUCUCCUGUUUGAAGGCGGAGCUUCGCCACACGAGAGAGCAAGUGGCGGAGAUGAAGAAGAGAGAAGAGGAGAUGGAGACUUUGACGGAGGCGCUGCGCGAGGAGAAGCAGGCCCUGCUGGAAAAGAAGGUUGCCGGCGAGCAGAGGGUUGGGCAGCUGGAGGAGGACCUCCGCGUGCUGGUGCAGAGAGGCGUGGAGCGAGAGGCCGACCUGGAGAGGAUGAAGGAGCGCGCCAAGAGAGUAGCAACGCAAAAAAAAGAGGAAGAGAACGAAUGCAAGAAUCUUAAGCUGAAGCUGGAGCGCACCGAGAUCGAGCUGCGCAGUCUGGCCGCAGAGUUCCAGAGUCUGCGCAGCUCACUAGCCCAGAGGGACACGCACGCACUGCAACUGCGGGACACCAUCACCACACUCACGCACAAGCUCAACAACGCGCACAGGAAAGAGGCAGCGAGCGAGGCGGCCCUGGCGGACCUGCGCGGCGUGCAGGAGCGCCUGACGGCCAGCGAGCGCUGCGUGGACACUCUGCGGGCGGAGCUGCGGGACGCAGCAGCGCAGCGGGACAGCACCCAGGCCGAACUGCACCGCGCCCGCCUGCAGGCCGCGCAGCUCACCCUGCAGCUGGCCGACGCCAGCCUGGCCCUGCGAGAGGGCCGUGCCACCUGGGCACAGGAAAGGGAGAGCCUGCAGCACAACGCCGAGGUGGACAGGGCGCGCUUGGACCGGCUGAGUGACGAGAUCCUGCAGAAGGAGGAGCUACUGCAGGAGGAGAGGAUGGAUAGGGAGAAGGCAGAGGUGGAGCUCGGAAGAGAGAAGGACUGUAACCGAGUGCAGUUGAGUGAGACUCGUCGGGAGCUGCAGGAGCUCAAGGCUAGCCUCAGGGUAGCGCAGAAGGAGAAGGAGCAGCUACAGAGCGAGAAGCAGGAGGUGAUGGAGUACAUCCGGCAGCUGGAACAGAGGCUGGACGCACUGACUGACUGUAAAUGGAGUGAGACCCUCUUGCAGCAGAGCAGUCGGCCAGACAGCCCGCCAUCGGACUCCGAGGACGAGAGUCCAGAGGCUCUGCGGGAGGGCGGCUCCACGAGGGCCCUGAGCCACUACGGCCUGUGCGAGCAGCCCGGGCCUGACGCGCUGCUGCCGGCCACGCCCCCUCCCUCGCCCCGACGUGGCCACACCGUGGUGAUCAGCCAGCCAGCGCCCUUCUGUGCGCCGCGGCAGGCCAGUGCCGAGGCUCACAGCUCAGAGUCGGAAGAGGAGUAUGAGGUGCCUCAGUCAGAAGGGAACAGCUCUGGAGAAGAGACAGCCUUGCUCCUGCCUGACCACAGAGAUACUACUUACAGCGACCUGGUGGAGAGCCCCCUGUGGUGAGGAGGGGGUACUGCAGAAGCAGACGCCAGGGCUCUGGCUGGCGCCGUGCCAGGCUGAAGAGGGUCCCAGGCUUUGUGCAGCAGCACGUUUGCCCUCAACAAGCUGACAAGCUUUCUGAAUAUGCAAUUUGCUUCACACUUUAUAUGCACUGUUUGUAUGCACAAAAAAAAACAAAAACAAAAAAACUAGACCAGUACAUCUCGCACAUGGCUCCAGAAGACAAGCCUAGAGGAGUGUGUGUUGGAAAAACAGCGCGUGUGUGUGUGUGUGUGCGCCCGUCUUUGUGACUGUGUCUUUGUGUCUAUUUAGGUGUGUAAUUGUUAGUGCCUAGUUUGAAAUUAUGCUUUACAGCUGUUUACUCAAGUACUGACACGAGGCUUGUAUUGUUAUAUUAGUCAUUACAUUUAUAAGAGCUCGAGUCCUUGCAGUUAUAUUAAGCACAUCAUCACUGACAUUAAUGUCAGUGUGAUAAUGUAGGAGUUUGCCUCUUCUUUGCUUUAAUACUCUUAGGUGAAUCAUAUUUUUGUAGUGUUGUUAAGUAGGUUAAAUGGCCACCUAAAGAGGUUGUUAUCGUGAGUUUUCCGAAAGGGAACUUCAUAAAUGUCUAGAGAUUAAGUGAAAGGCAGAUGUGACUGCUCCUGACGUGUGGAUAGAGAUGUAUGAAGAGAUGGGCGUGGCACUUUAGAUUAUGGUAAUCCAGCCUUUAAUCCACUCAGCACCUCACUCAGACAAGGUUUUGUUAGUCUCUUUUGGGGAGCGGAAAUAGAAAGUACUUACAUUUAAAUAUAUAUAUAUAUAUAUAUAUAUAUAUAUAUAUAUAUAUAUAAAUAAAAUGUAAAUGUGUGUGUGUGUAUAUAGGUUUCUGCAUUUUUUUUUCUUUUACCUGCUUCACACUAGACGUAUAAAACUAUAUCAGUCUAACGGAAAUGUGCGAGAUUAUAAGGUUAUGUGGCAGUCCUCACUUUCUUUUUACAAUAUACACCCAUUCUCAGAGAUGUUCGGUCCGCUGGUGUGGCCUGUUAGCUGGGAGCGAGCGC